AUGUACCCCAGAUUCCGCAAAGCUGGCUAUCAAGCAAUCGAUAGAAUAUGCGACUAUCAUGGUUCCUUAAGGGGUAGGCCUGUCUCAUCCCAAGUUGAGCCAGGAUACCUCAGAAAGGCGCUCCCAUCCUCUGCCCCCACUGAAGGCGAGGACUUCCAGCUCAUCGCGGACGACUAUCAAAAGCACAUCAUUCCCGGCCUGACACACUGGCAGCACCCCUCGUUCUUUGCGUACUUCCCUACGUCAAGCACGUUUGAGGGUAUACUUGCAGAAUUGUACGCGUCUAGCACGUCUAACCCAGGAUUCAACUGGUCUGCGAGCCCAGCAUGCACAGAGCUUGAGGCCGUGGUCAUGGACUGGACCGCACAGAUACUCGGGCUUGACAAGGCGUUUUACAAUAUCUCUGAGGUCGGCGGCGGCGUCAUUCAGACGUCAGCAUCUGACUCUGUGUUGGUCGCAACGGUUGCCGCUCGUUCACGAUAUAUUCGUGAACACCCUCACGUGGCGAUGGAGGAUCUCGUGCUCUAUAUCACCACUCAAACCCACUCGCUUGGGAAGAAAGCUGCGCUUGUCUUAGGUCUCAAAGUGCACACACUGCAAGUCACAGCACAGGACGACUUUGCGUUGCGUGGAGACACGCUUAAGGUAGCAUUGGAGGAGGACGUGAAAGCCGGGUUUCACCCUUUCAUCUUGAUCGGUACGGUAGGGACGACAUCUUCCGGUGCUGUCGAUCGGCUCGACGAGAUUGCUGAUGUCGCGAAACAUUACCCUUUCCUUUGGCUGCACGUCGAUGCUGCAUGGGCAGGCGUCGCAUUCGUGUGUCCCGAAUAUCGCGAGGCAUACCAACUUCCCGCCAUCAAUAACUAUGUAGAUUCUUUCUGCACUAAUUUCCACAAGUGGGGUCUUAUACAUGUUGAUGGCUCCUGUUUGUGGGUGCGGCACCGGAGGCAUUUGUCCGAUGCGCUGGACGUUACGCCUGAAUUUUUGCGGUCGAAACACGGGGAUGCUGCCACCGCUAUCGAUUACCGCAACUGGCAUCUCGGCCUCGGCAGACGAUUCCGAUCGCUCAAAUUCUGGUUUGCCCUUCGUACGCGCGGAGUGAAUGGCUUCCAAAAGUACAUCACUGAUUGUAUCAGGCUGAACGCCAGGUUCGCACAGUGCAUAUAUGAAUCUGACCUAUUUUCUGUUGUCACGAAGCCGUCCCUUGCGAUGACAGUUUUCAGGAUGGCGCCCAAGUCCCUUCCUCACCUUGGGGCAUCCGAGCUAAACGCUCUAAACCGCGCUUUUUACGCUCGUCUUGCAGCACGAAGCGAUAUUGCGAUCACCCAGACGGACCUGAAUGGGGUGUUUUGUGUGAGGAUGGUGAUUGGUGCCGAGCAAACUGUGGAAGGUGAUAUUGAGCAGGCGUUGGUGUUGAUGAAGGAGGAAGCGGUGGUUUUGGUGAGGAACUGGGAGGGGAUUGGAGGUCGGAGAGGCAGGAAGGCGUAUGUGGUUCCAUCUCAGUCUCAUUGA